UGAAAACGAGGGCUGCGGUCACCUGCAGAUCACCAGCUGGCUGACUUUCAUCAGCGUCACUGGUUAUAUAUAUUGUUGUCACAAAAGCUUGGAGCCAUGCUGACUCUUUUGCUAAUUUUGGCAAUGUCUAGCCAAGGCCAGUCAUUGGUGGACUCUGGGCUUGACUUCAUCACCGCAUUCCCGGAGAACGUUGCCUACUUCUAUCCAUUCUUUCCAAAAAAUUCUCUCAACAUCACAGCUCUGUACGAUAACACUGAAGUCAAUAUCUACUUCAAAGGCAUACUCGAACACACCGUUAUACUGCAACAGGGACAGACCGAGGUUUAUCUUCCGCCUUCAGAUGUUGAAGAACAUAAAUUAGACGUAUCCCAGAAAACCAUCCAAGUGGUCAGCAACAAUUACGUUGUGGUGCUGUCAAUAAGUAAGCAAGAAGAUAGUGUGCAGACCAAUGUCGUUUAUCCUUAUACAAAUCUUGGUACGUUUUAUUCUAUCCCCCAACUAAACUAUAGUGAAAUGCUUUCCAAAUUCCCUCAAGCAACAGGAAGUAUCAAGGCGAGAUACAGUUUUUUCAGGCUGCUAAUAAUCAAUGCGCAAAACUUCACGAAUUAUAUCGAAAUCGUUAGGAUAUCGCAGCAAAUCGAGCAAUUUCAACUCCAACCCUACACUCUUCUCCAGCUAGCACUCGAUGGUUCAGAAGUCUCAGUAGAGUCUUUAUAUAACAUGGCGGUGAUAGUGUCCCACCCGUGUUUAGAAGCGACGUCAUGCAAAUGCAACAUGAUGUUGAACCAACUUCGUCCUGAUGCCCACUGGGGUCAAAGUUUUAUUCUGCCCCUCCUAAACAUUCCGACAUGGCUGCAUAUAACUGUAAACACCAUUCUGACCGGAAAUACGCUAGAUGCUGGGACUCUAGAGCCUAUCCAGUCAGGAACCCAAAGCAUCAGCACGAUUUAUCCUGCUUCGCUCCGGCUUAUCAGCCCGGGCCUCAUCUUAGAAGUAAUUCCGGAAACAAUGUUCGCCGCCUGCUACCUAGUGCACUUUAGCGUGGCGUAUGGCAACGUGUUAGUAAUAGCUGAAACACUCAGUAGGUCAGAGGUGUAUAUAGAUAGAAGCUUUCUGUCAUCCAAUAGCUGGACCGCUAUUGCUAAUACCAAGUACUCAAUUGUAUCAGUUCUUCUUCACGGCAGGCAUGUCAUUUGGCAUCCAACCUCAAAAAUUGCAGUCUACAUGUUUCGCAACAUGACCGGCGGAAUUCAGUAUGGAGGCCCGGCUGUAGUGUUAGGAGAAAAACCAGACCCUGAUGGCUGUUCAUUACAUCCCCCUGAGAUUACAGUCGCACCCACACCCAUGAGUUGGCCUGAAUCCCACCAGUACUGUACGUCCACAAGCGACGAGUUGAUCAGUCCAUCCACUGUGAUAGCUCGCUCUGCCCUGACCGAGUUUCUGAGAAAUGCAGCAAAUACUGAGCACUGGAUCGGGCUGCGUCGCAGUCUUCUUACAUUAGACUGGUACUGGCAAAAAGGGAACGAAAGUGAAGACCUGAUGGACACGCAGUGGGGCGCCGGAGAACCAAGUGAUCCUGUGCAGGGCAUGUGUGCUUCUGUAUUCUCAGAUUUAACUUGGAAAAGUGUGCGAUGCUGUACUGAGUUGAAGGCCAUCUGCUACAAAAAGCCUGAUUACUUCCCUGUUCUCGAAUUAUAGUGUGACAUUUAGGUGUCUAUUUAUUUUAAUAUAUACAUAUAAUAUAUAUAUAAUUAUAUGAUGUUAACCUAUUUGAAGUAACAAAAAUAGCUCUAGUUUGUACUUGUAAAUAGAUGUGAAAUGGUAUCUGUGGAGUUGUUUAUGACCUACGGUCACAAGUUUCCAAAGUAUCUUCAGGGAAAUUUGCAUUUUGCCAAACAAUUGCAAUAACCACAUAUAUUGUCUGUAGCCUGCAUCUUAUUAACAGUGUAAAUCUCAUACAAUGUUUAUCUAGACAGAUUUAUUUGGAUUGAUAGCACUUUACCUCCUAUUACUCUUAAAAAUGUAUUUAUUUGAUAGGAUAUAAAUAAUUGUAAUUAUUUAAACAAUUGUAAUUAAAUAAUUGAAUUAAUAAAUGUUCUAAUGUGAAUAAUGUCAAUGAGAAGGCCUGUGAAACCGUGUAGACUGUAGCAUGUGCAAUAGGUAUGACUCUCAUGUAAUCACCUCAUUAUGCAAAGUUUUGUGGGGGCACAAAACGUGCUUUGAAUACAUAUUGGGCCUGUAAGUAGGAAACACGUACAAAUUGGUCAUUUUGUUCAGAGAGGAGUAGAGCUGUGGUCUCGUGGCAUCAGCUCGGCUAAUAGAAAACUCAUUAUCAUCCCGGCUCAAGUAAGCUGCACUGUUUAGCAAAACUACAGCAUGCUAGUGAUGCUGUCUGUUGUGGUAUUCAUGUCACUGGUUUACCAGGGGCUGUCAGUGGUGAGCUACGGAACAGAUUUCAUCACAACGUUCCCAGAGAACAUCGCCUACUACCACACCAACGAUUCCAUGACCACGCUGAAAAUCACCGCUUUCCACAAUCACACCGUGGUCAAAGUGACCGUCAACUACACCUUAGUAUAUGGAACAACACUGGAUUCUGGACAGAUUCAAAAUGUGCAUUUUCCCAUUUCUUUUAAGCAGUACAAUUUCAAACACUUCCUUCAUUGUGUGAGAGUUGUUGGCACCAGCCGUAUCGUGGUGCUUUGGAUCACCAAGCGAGCAGACAGCAUACAGACUAAUGUUGUUCAGCCCAUAAAAAAUCUCGGCUAUUUUUAUUCAAUACCCGCGUUGAAUUACAGCAAGGAUUACAGCAAGGUCACGGGCUUGCGUAACAUUCCAUAUCCGUUCGCUCCGAUUUCCAUUAACAGAACAAACAACACCUUCAGACUGAUCAUUAUCAAUGCUGAAAACGUAACGAACUAUGUUUCUGUGAGCAUUAUUUCUGGCUUUUCCCCGAAUCAUUCCGUGAGCCUGAACCCCUACGAAGUUUACCAGGUUUAUACCAACAGUUCAGUUUCUGUUAGCUCUGUAAGAAAGGUGGCUGUACUGCUCACCCACCCAUGUAUGGAAACACCAGGGUGUGGAUGCAACAUGGUGGUGAGCCAGGUUCUAACCUCAAAUCUGUGGGGUGACAAAUUUGUUAUACCAGCGUUGAGCAUCACAAAUGCAAUUUGGCUUCAUGUGUCGUCCUUAUCGACGGUGUAUUUUAAAGAACAGAAUCUACGUUCUUUAAAUGAUUUCUGGUCACAGCUAAUCCCCUUUCCCUACCUUGAUGAGGAAUCCCCAUCUAUUAAUGCAGACAGCCCAACACCCCUCUGGAUUGUUAGUCCAGGCUCUGUCAUUGAAAUAAUCCCCAUUACCAUGUUUGCAGCCUGCUACCUGGUGCUGUUCAAUUCAACAGAAGGUGAAAUUGUUGUGAUAGCUGAGAAAGGCCACGAGGGUGGUGUACAUAUAGACCACGACCCGCUUGAAUCCCCUCACUGGAAAGUCGGCCACAAUUCAGGGUAUUCCUCAGUUUCAAUGUCCCUUAAUGGUACACAUGUCAUUUGGCAUCCGACUUUGAAGAUUGGAGUCUACAUGUUUGAGAGAAUGAACGGGGGAAUUCUUUACGGAGGCACGGCUAUACCUUUAAGUGAAGAGCCAGACCCACAUGGAUGUCUGGAUAAACCUGCAAAGUUCAUUCCCGGUACUCAUCCUAUGACCUGGCCCGAGUCUCAUCAAUACUGCUUGAAUGAAACAUACCAGCUCCUAACUCCCAACAGUACGGAUGCCCAAACGCAGAUGGUCGACUGGCUGUUUAAACACAAUUAUUCCGAUGAUGUCUGGAUCGGACUGAGACGCAGUUUGCUCACAUUAGACUGGUACUGGCAGGCGGGACAUGAGAGCAUUCACGACGUGAGCUACACAGAGUGGGCCUAUGAACAUCCAGGUGAUCCAUGGAAAGCCAUGUGUGCUUCUGGGAACCUUGAUAGUAAUAAGAAUUUCUUCUGGAAGAGUGUGGCAUGUUGUAUGAAAAUGAUACCUGUGUGCUACAAAGAGAGUACCUACUUUAAGGAUUUGGCCUCUGAAACUCUAGAUGCCUUUGUUUCUGAGAUUUUGAGCUAAAUCGGACCUUUUUUGCCAUUUGCUUUUCCAUUUUCUUGAUGUUGUUUCUUUUCUGAUUUUGAAUAGUUUUCAGCUUGUUUAUCAACUAUAAUAUUCAAUGUAGCGUUAACUUUUUUUGAAGCAUAAAUAAUAUAGAGCAGGUUUAAUCUGUAUGCUCAGACACUUAAAUAUUUCUAACAUUUAAAUAUCUGUUAAACACAGUCUACAAAUGUAUAUUUAAAAGAAAAAGCCUUGUAACAACAACCUUUUUGCAACAACAGUGACGUUUUCAUCUACUUAGCUCCUUUUUCACAUUUAUGUUGUAGUAAACCACAGUGACGUGGCACCAGUGUUGGGUGUAACUAGUUACUACGUAAUUAGUUACUGUAGUUUAAUUACUUUUCCCUUGAAAAAGUAAAUUAAGGGAUUACUCUUAAUUAUUGAUAUUGUCUAUCAAUACAAAUGUAUUGAUAGACAAUAAAUUUUUGUC